GCCGGCGCGGCUUUAUCUGCCGUGUCGGCGCGGGGGGUGGCACUGGGGAACACCUUGUUUGAAGAUAGGCUCUAUAAAUACAGCGCCGGGGAUGGGAGCGCGGCCACGGGUGGCGGCGGGCUGACAUCGCGGCGGGGAGCGGCUCCGGAGCACGGACUCGCUAGCAGCCGCUGAGCCAAUCCCGCGGCGGAGGGCGGCCGGGUGCGAGGAGGAGGAAGAGCCCCGCGGUCCGAGCCUGCCCCGGCUGAGCUCUUCCCGCCGGCAUGAUGCAGAUCUGCGACUCGUACAGCCAGAAGUACUCCCUGUUCAACGCCAUGAACCGGUUCAUCGGCGCGGUGAACAACAUGGACCAGACGGUGAUGGUGCCCAGCCUGCUGCGGGACGUGCCGCUGCUGCUGGAGGAGCUGGACGCGGCGGGAGCCGUGUGCCCGCAGCGGGACUCCGCCCUGCCGCCCGCCGACCCCGGCGCCUACUUCUCCCGCAGGGACAUGUACAGCCACUACAUGCUGCUCAAGUCCAUCCGUAACGACAUCGAGUGGGGCGUGGUGCAGCCGGCGGCGGGCGAGGAGGCGGCCCGCAAGAAGGACAAGCUGGGCGGCGGGGCCGCCGAGGAGGGCGAGGGGGAGGAGGACCUGGAGAAGCAGUUCCACUACCACCUCAGCGGACUCCACUCGGUUCUCUCCAAGCUCACCCGCAAGGCCAACGUCCUCACCAACAGAUACAAGCAGGAGAUCGGAUUCAGCAGCUGGGGGCAGUGAGCGCCGGGGGGGAGAGGGGCGACGAGGGGGCGCCCAGGCUUUCCUGCACCCUUCGGGACCGCAGCCGGUUUUCUACCAACGCACAAGCGAGAGAGAGAUGUAAAUUAAUCGAUACUAGUUUAUUAAUUUUUUUUUUUUUUGGUCCCCCGCUCCUUUUCUUCUUUUCCUUUUUGUAUUGCACGGCUGCCGCGCCUCCCCGGGCGGGGAACCCGAACCCCCCUACGUGUACGAGGAGGUGGCGGAGCUGGCAGAUAAAUAAGGAGGCUCUGCACAAGCCGAUGAACUUAACGAAACUGGCAUAAAAUUGCUUCUCUUUACCUGGGAGGGGACCCACAGUGGGCUAAGGAGUGUGCCUGUCGCGGGACGGAUGACAGGUCCCACGGUUGUACAUGUACUGGAGUUUAUUUAAAAGUUUUUUUAUUCAGAUGUAGAGUAUAUUCUAAAAUAAAUGCAAAUGUACUAACUAAAAGUGACUUUAAACUUUUCAGUAUGAAAUACAUUUCUUUAAUUAAACGAUACUUUUAACAUCUGGAAUUCUUCUGUUGUGCUAAGUUAUUUCCAGAGCUGCCUUACAAGACACAGAAAUCUCUGAAUGUGCAAGAGAGGGGGGGUUUGUGCCUUUUUUUUUUUUCCCCAAAGGGAGCAAUUAGGUAGUGAUGAUAACUCUGCGUGUCUAAAGCGGAUGAAUGGCCGAAUUAACUGCGCUGUACAUGGCCUGAGUUUUUUUGGUAAACUGUUCCCGACCAGACAGUCCAGUUGCUCUGUGUGACUGCUGGCGUGAAGGUCAGUGCCUCUUUAACAAAAGCCGAGAAGAUCCAGCCAUGGAGCUUGGAGCAAAGCCUAGGAAUGACUUGCUUUUUUUGGGAAGUAUCUUAAUGUACUGUAGGGAGCUCUUUUUUUCUCUCCCUUUGAAUAGGUCUGGGAUACUUGCCUCCCCCAUCUCUUGCAUUGGUUUCUUUCCUCUGUAACCCUCAUUGGAUAUUAGGAAUUAAUUUGAUUUAUGUUACCCAAAUUGUAGUGAUUUCCUUCUCCCUGCGUUAUUUUUUUCAUUUGCUGAAGUAAUGUGCCUUGGAAUUGGGUCUAUAUCAUGUUCUAAUAUUAAAAGUGUACUUACUGAUUACAAUAUGAUGUGUGCAUAUCACAGAGGAUAACCAUUUAAUAAAUAUGUGUGUCCUUCCAUAAUGGAAUGUAUGAAGU